AUGUCCAAGACCACGACUCCCAACGUGUGGAUCCUCACRCCUUUCUGGCUCGCAAUCCUAGGGGCCAUCAUCCUCAUCCUCCUCUCCUCGGCCAGUGGAUUCUUGAUCUGGAUCGACUACCACUCUCAAUACUACGACUACAGCUAUUUCUACUACGCUGAUUACGCGAUGCCGAUAGCAUACCUCGCCUGGGCAGUCGUUUUAGUACUUCUCUGUGCCCUUACAUUCAUCCUCAACAUCGUCAGCAUCGUCUUCGUCGCGAAGAAGAGGGCUAAGGCGGCAUCAUUCCUCCUCUGGACCAACCUGACGUUGUUUGUAAUCUGGGCUGUGAUAUUGAUCUGCGCUUUCCUGGUUCCUCCGUUUGGGAUAGACCUGUUCCUGUUGAUUGGGGAUUGUAUUCUCAUAGCGAUGAGUCUCGGACAGAUGAUCUAUGGCGCUGUGUUGUUUCACCGGAUACGGAAAGGCAACGCGCUCCCAGUGACCAAGACGACCGAAGUUACUGCUACUCCUGUUCAGCACUGGGUGUCGUCUCCAGUGGUGAAGUAG